AUGGCUCCGUCCAUCUUCGCCGGUGUCUUUUACUAUACUUCGAUCAGCAUCCCCAGCUGCCUUCGAGAUCAGCUGAAACAGAUCCUCGACGACGAAGGAGCAUCCGACGUGCCACUCGAUGACCCCUUAUUGACCCACUUCAUCACCCUCACACCGCCCUCAGACGACGUCCUCGAGAGGAUACCCAACAAGGACAAAGUUCAGCAAGUUAUACCUACAUGGGCAGAGCGCUCGUUUGUUCUGGGUAAACAGCAGGCGGCCGAGCACUAUUCUCCCAACCCCGCCAAUCUCUUUUCGGGGAUCACAGCGACGGCGACAGACCUUUCUCCAGCCGACCUCGAGCUCCUCUCAGCCGGGAUCACAUCCCUUGGCGGACAGUGGCGUACAGCACUCACCCGCGACGUCACGCACCUCUUCGCGCUCUCGCCGGGGAGCGCCAAGUAUGAGACUGCGAUGCACUAUCGUGAGCAGACAGCCAUGUGCGUACUCGUCCCUCACUGGUUCGACGAUACGGUACGUCUUGGAAUUCGCGGCCUUCCCACUGACGAGUACGAAUGGCCUCACCCUCGCGUCUUCAAACCCGAGACGAGCACGGACGGCGCCGCGCCCGACGUGCCGUACCGUCUGUCCAGCGAGAAGAAGCGUUUCUACGAGACGGCGCUCGCCUCGUCGUUCGAUCGCCGACUUUCCCGUGCGCCACCGCGCAACAUCUGGAAUGGCCUGCGCAUUCUGCUCAGCGACUCCCUGGAGCUCUCUGCGAGCCAGCGGGACGCCCACGAGGAGGACAUCCGCCGCGAGGGCGGCAUCAUAAUACCGCUCAGUCUGAUCGGAUCUGGGACGCUACUCGAAGUCGCGCAGGAAGAGGCCAGACAGGUCCAGCAGGCGGACGUACUCAUCACGCGAUACAGGGUGGGCGUCGCCUAUGUCAAAGCAUUCAAGGCGAAGAAGACGAUCGGCAGCAUGACGUGGCUGUGGCAUGUGCGGUCCACGGGCGCACUCUCCCGCCCUACGGAUAAAUUGUUGCACUAUCCGAUACCUAAAGGUGCUCCUGAAGGAUUUGCGGAGCACUCUAUCACUAUCACGAACUACACCGGUAAAGAUCGCGAGUAUCUCAAGAAGCUGGUCUCCACCAUGGGCGGCAAAUUCACCGCGAGCAUGUCCAACACGAACACGAUCGUCAUCGCUGCAUACGUCGGCGGCACGAAGACAGCGAAAGCAGUAUCCUGGUCGAUCCCCCUCGUGAACCACACCUGGCUUGAGGACGCCUUCGUGCACUGGCGCGCACCAACGCCCGCACUCGAGAAAUACCUGUGCUUCCCGCCCGGCGUCGACUUUGGCGGUCUCCUCAGCGAGCGCGGCGUCGGCCCGCUCGAAUACACGCAGCAGGAGCUCGCCGCAAUGGCGCGAGCGGGCAUUCCCGGGACUGAGGCUGAGAAGGCGGCGGCGAAGGAGAAGGCACUCGCGUUGACGGAGGGGAAGUCAUUCGGGAAGAAUGGGACGGAGGACGGAGUGGAAGGAAGUAGGGAUAGGCACAUCCGUGCGACACCUUCUCCGGCUCGGACUGGCAACAGCGCGCGGGAGGUGGAGGACGUGGUCAUGGGCGAGGUCGUCGACGCGAGCAUUAUGGACGUCGACGCGGACAUCCUGCCUCCGCGGGACAAAGAUGCUGGUGCGAUGGACGUUGACGAGGGUCACGGUGCAAAACCUUCCACGAAGAAGGGCGACGGGAAGAAGAAGGUGGUCACGGUUGAUGAAGACGAGGCCGAGGACGAGAACGUCCCUGUGCCGUCUGUUCCCCUUCCGAGGCCUCCCAAGAAGAAGCUGGUGCGGCGGUACAGCAGGCAGUCCUCCUCGGAUGUCGCGCCCUCUGUUCCAGAGCCAGAAGAGCUAGAGAAGCAGCAGCUUCAGCCAAUAACGUCACCGUCCAGAUCUGUCCUAAGACAAUACAAGUCGAAGAGCAGGCUGGAAGCGGAGGAAGCACAGGACAAGAUGAAGAUAGGACCUCCAAAGCGGAAACCAAGGCAGGACAAACAGAAAGCCAAUCGAGCAGACAAGGAACGCGAAGACGACCGGCCCGCACCGAAAGUCCGUCCGUCAAAGCGCAAGACCAUCAUCCCCAUGGACUCCAGUGAAGACGAAGACAUGGAACCCCCCAAAGCCGAGAGCAGCGCCCGCCGGAAGCCAACCCAGAAAGCGGACGCGCCUCCAAAGCCCAUCAAAGGCUUCAAACUACCGAUACAGGGCGACUUGGACUCCUCCGACUCCAGCUCCUCCGCUGCGCCCGCCCACCCGAAGAGAACUGGCCCUGCCUCCCGCUCAGCGACCGUUCCUGAGUCCGUCGCGCCAUCGCGCUCUUCCACAUCUCCCACCAAACUUCGUCAGCAGGUCUCCGUACUGGUUCCCACCGCCGCCUCAGUGUACUCUUCCCCGAAGUCAAAGAAAUCCGUGCAGGGCACGCCGGCGAAGAGCGCGUUACGCAGGACGGACUCCGUCCGCGCCGCCGCACCAGAAGCAUCCGUGCAGUCCCCGACCAAACGGGGACGGCCGUCGGGCUCCGCCAAGCGCGCUGCUUCAUCUGUGUCCUUCCAGCCUCCCACAGAGGACAGCACCACGAUUACCACGGCUCCCAUGCCGGCGGCGCUGACGCGCACGCCGUCGAGGCGAUCGGCGGCGACGAGGGCGACGCGGAAGCUGCACGAGGAGAUCAUGCCGGACGUGAUGAACUUCCAGAAGGAGAUGAAGAACGGUACGGUGCGCUCCGUGUGGGAGGCUGAGGAGAGGGAUAAAAGCAAGAGCGCCAGCGUGGGCGCGCUUGAUGAGGAUGCCCGGAAAGGUAGGGGUAAGAAGCGUGUAUCGGGUGCAGCGGAGGAGCAUGGGGCGGAAGAGCAGGAGGAGCAGCCGAUGAAGAAGCGGCUACGGACGAGUGUGGGGACAGCGAGCGCGAAGAAAGGGAAGGCGGGGGUGGCAGGAGGUGCGCGGCAGAGUUCAGGGAAGAGGAAACGCGAUUCCUCCUCCUCCUCAGAGGAAGACUCCUCAGAGGCUGGUAUAGGAAAGCCUCGUCGCAAGCCUGAGAGCGGUGCGAAACGCGUGUCUCUGGGUGCAGCGAAUACGUCUCGUACAAACCCCAAGAAUGCUCGGAUCAUGACGACGCAGCUCUCGGUCUCGGACGACGUGAAACAGGUCCUGACCAGGAUGGGCGUGAAGAUGACGACGAAGCCGACCGAGUGCACGCACCUUGUGACGAAUAACGUCGUCCGGACGGAGAAAUUCUUGUGCGCCCUCCCGGUCGUGCAACACAUCCUGAGCGAGAAAUGGCUCCUCGCGUCCGCAGCGACGAAGCAACUGCUGCCGGAGAGCGACUAUGCGCUCGUCGACCCGGAAGCGGAGAAGAAGUUCGGGUUCAAGCUUGCGGAGGCGUUGCGACGCGCGCACGCCGGGAAGCUCUUUGCAGGGAUGACGUUCUACGCGACGCCGCGCAUCGGGGUCGACCACAAGCUGCUCAAGAACGUCGUCACCGCCAACGGGGGGCAGCUGUCAACGCAGACACCGACGGCGCGCAUUCUGAGCGGGCAGGCGCACCGGUACGUGAUCUCGUCGCCGACGGACGUGUCGAUCUGGCGGCCGCUGGCCGAGCAGGGUCACGCGGUGUACACGCAGGAGCUCAUCCUGACGGGUGCGCUGCGCCAGGAGAUUGACUGGGACAGUCCCACGAACAGGGUUGCGGGCUCGGUCGAGGCGUAG